AUGCUGACGGGCCUCUCAGAAGACCUUCAGGACGUCAGCGACUCCAGGAAAACAGCCAUCAUUAACGACGAACUUAGGAGGCUUAAUGUGGACAUUGCCACCUUACAAGAAACACGACUUGCAGACUCUGGAAGACUGAAGGAGAAAGACUACACCUUCUUCUGGCAGGGGAAAAGCCCCAAUGUACCGCGUCAGCAUGGGGUGGGCUUUGCAGUGAAGAACAACCUGCUGAACAUGGUAAAGCCAGGCAACAGCGGCUCAGAGCGACUCCUCACUCUCUGCCUGAACACCACGGCAGGCCCUGUAACUCUCGUCAGCGUGUAUGCUCCAACACUCUCUGCUACACCUGAAAUUAAAGACGAGUUUUAUGAUCAGCUCACAGCCACGAUCAGCAACAUCCCAAACAAAGAACAACUUAUCCUUCUGGGCGACUUCAACGCCAGAGUAGGAGCUGAUCAAAGAUCAUGGCCUUCUUGCCUUGGAAAGUUUGGCAUAGGCAAGAUGAACGACAAUGGCCAGAGACUGCUCGAGCUAUGCACCUAUCACAAACUCUGCAUAGCCAACUCUUUCUUCAAGACCAAACCUCAGCACAAGGUCUCUUGGAGACACCCGCGCUCAAAGCAGUGGCAUCAGCUGGACCUUAUCCUUGUCAGACGAACCGCUAUUAAGAACGUCCUCCACACACGCUCUUACCACAGCGCGGACUGUGACACAGACCACUCCUUGGUGUGUUGCAAGGUCAGGCUCCAUCCGAAAAGGUUCCACCGUGGCAAGAAGAAAGGGAGCCCUCGUAUUGAUGUCAUUAAGUUGAGCCAGCCUGAUCUUAAAGAGCAAUUUGCUGAGAGGUUUGAGAAUCAUCUAGCAACAUUACAGUCAGGGGACUCCGCAACUGAGAAGUGGACCACCUUACGGGAUACAAUGCAUCGCACUGCCUUGGCCACCUUUGGAAAAAGUACCUCGAAUUCGCAUGACUGGUUCAAAGCUAAAUCCGCUGUGAUGACCCCCAUCAUAGAAGCAAAGCGUGCCGCUCUAACGGAAUACAAGCGAUUACCCAGCGAGAAAAAUCUUCAGAUUCUCCGAGCUAUAAGGAACAAAGUCAAACACACUGCAAGACGCUGUGCCAACGACUACUGGACCGAACUCAGCGAAGCCAUCCAGACUGCAGCAAUUACUGGGAACAUAAGAGGGAUGUAUGAAGGCAUCAAAACAUCAAUAGGUCCAAUCCAGAACAAGACAGCUCCCCUUAAAUCCACCUCAGGGGAAGCCAUCACAGACAAGGGACAACAGAUGGAGAGAUGGGUGGAACACUACUCUGAUCUCUAUUCAAGACAGAAUGUAGUAACAUCAUCAGCCCUUGAUGCCAUAAAAUGCUUACCUGUAAUGGAAGAGCUUGACAACGAACCCACUAAUGACGAACUCAGCAAGGCUAUCAACAGCUUGGCCUCAAGGAAAGCUCCAGGCAGUGACGGGAUCCCCCUGACCUGA